CGUAAAGAUGGACAGAGCAAGUAGAAUCAACAUGAUGAGUGAGAGGUUAUAGUAAAAGCAAUCAUAACCACAAUAUUAGAUUGUGUUUGCCACAUGGCAAUUUAAGCAACCAAUCACAGAAUGAAUCUUUUAUCCAUCAAGAUAAGCCCUUCAUUCUCAUUAUAUAAAAUACCACAAUCUCAUAUUUUUUAGUAUCUGCCCAUAAUAAUCACAUAAGAGUUGAAAUACUUUGCCAAACAUGGCCUCUGCUUGUGCUUCAUCCACCAUUGCUGCUGUUGCUUUUUCUUCUCCAAGUUCCAGGAGAAAUGGAUCGAUUGUAGGAGCAACAAAAGCUUCAUUCCUUGGAGGGAGAAGAUUGAGAGUAAGCAAUGUACCUGUAGCCGGAUCACCGCGUGCUGCAACUACAGUGUGUGUUGCUGCCGACCCCGACAGACCCCUCUGGUUCCCUGGCAGCGUCCCUCCUCCAUGGCUUGAUGGCAGCCUUCCCGGAGAUUUUGGUUUCGAUCCUCUUGGCCUAGGAUCUGACCCAGAGAGCUUGAGAUGGAACCAACAGGCAGAGAUUGUACACUGCAGAUGGGCAAUGUUGGGAGCUGCAGGAAUUUUCAUUCCAGAAUUCCUCACGAAACUCGGUAUCCUUAACACACCUUCAUGGUACACUGCUGGUGAACUAGAAUACUUCACGGACACAACGACUCUCUUCAUCAUUGAGUUGAUACUUAUCGGUUGGGCCGAGGGAAGAAGGUGGGCCGAUAUCAUCAAGCCUGGUUGUGUAAACACUGACCCUAUCUUCCCUAACAACAAGCUCACAGGGACAGACGUUGGUUAUCCAGGAGGCUUAUGGUUUGAUCCGUUGGGUUGGGGUUCGGGUUCACCUGAGAAGAUAAAGGAGUUGAGGACAAAGGAGAUCAAGAACGGUAGACUUGCUAUGUUAGCCGUUAUGGGCGCAUGGUUCCAACACAUUUACACUGGAACAGGUCCUAUUGACAACCUCUUUGCUCACCUUGCUGAUCCCGGUCACGCCACUAUUUUUGCUGCAUUCACUCCCAAGUGAGAAGAAGAAGCAUGAGGAUAUUUUGAUGUAAUGAAUGAUGUGUAAAAGUAACAUUUGAAGUAGAUUUGUGCAAAGAGAACUAAUGUUUCUUUCCCACAUUUGGUUUGCUCAUGUCUGUCUUCUGUCGAAAAAGACUAAGCAAUGUACAAAUACAUUUCGACAACUCGUAUCAGAUCAAGAAAAUCUAUUUAUAUAUGUUCA